CGCUUCCCCUGUCCGCCCUAACCUUAGCUCACCUUUAUGGACGAGCACCUUAGCCUCCUGCACUCGCCUCCUCCGUCUUCCACCAGACACAGAGCAAACAGCAACAUCGUCAAUCCGGGCUACACGGACGUGGAGCAGGAGAUCAUGACUGUGGUGGCUUGCGAUAACAUCCUGGAGGAGGCGGCUGCCCUCCCGGGUCACCACUCGUCUGAGGCGUACGAGCAAGAGGACCACGAGUGCUGCGAGAGGGUGGUCAUCAACAUCUCCGGGCUGCGCUUCGAGACUCAGCUGAAGACUUUAGCUCAGUUCCCUGACACCUUGCUGGGCGACCCCAAGAAAAGGAUGAGGUACUUCGACCCUUUGAGGAACGAGUACUUUUUUGAUAGGAACCGACCCAGCUUCGAUGCCAUCCUCUACUACUACCAGUCGGGUGGAAGGAUAAGGAGACCGGUCAAUGUUCCCAUUGACAUCUUCUCAGAGGAGAUCCGCUUCUACGAAUUGGGAGAAGAAGCCAUGGAGAAGUUCCGAGAGGAUGAAGGCUUUAUCAAAGAAGAGGAGCGCCCGCUACCCUCCAAUGAAUUUCAGAGGCAGGUCUGGCUUCUCUUUGAGUACCCGGAGAGUUCAGGACCUGCCCGGGGUAUCGCCAUCGUAUCUGUCCUGGUGAUUCUCAUAUCCAUCGUUAUCUUCUGCUUGGAAACUUUGCCCGAGUUCCGUGAUGACAAGGAGUACAACGGACCAGUGAUUCCUCCUGUCAAUGGCACCGGACCGUACCUGAGCAGCUCUUUCACGGACCCUUUCUUUGUGGUGGAGACCCUGUGCAUAAUCUGGUUCUCCUUCGAACUACUCGUCCGGUUUUUCGCUUGCCCGAGCAAAGCCACGUUCUCCAAGAACAUUAUGAACAUAAUUGACAUCGUGGCGAUAAUCCCUUACUUCAUCACCCUGGGCACGGAACUGGCCGAGCGCCAGGGCAAUGGACAGCAGGCCAUGUCUUUGGCUAUACUAAGGGUCAUUCGGCUGGUCAGAGUGUUCCGUAUCUUCAAGCUUUCGAGACACUCUAAGGGGUUACAGAUUCUAGGUCAGACCUUGAAGGCUAGCAUGCGAGAGCUGGGGUUGCUCAUAUUUUUCCUCUUUAUCGGAGUGAUCCUCUUCUCCAGCGCUGUCUACUUCGCCGAGGCUGAUGACCCAAAUUCGGGGUUCAAUAGUAUCCCUGACGCUUUUUGGUGGGCAGUGGUGACCAUGACUACAGUGGGCUAUGGGGACAUGCACCCUGUCACUAUAGGGGGUAAGAUAGUUGGGUCUCUGUGUGCGAUUGCUGGUGUAUUAACGAUAGCUCUACCUGUUCCCGUAAUAGUCUCUAAUUUCAACUAUUUCUACCACCGGGAGACCGAGGGAGAGGAACAAGCCCAGUACAUGCAUGUGGGCAGCUGCCAGCAUCUGUCAUCCAACGAGGACCUGAAGAAGACCCGCAGCAAUUCGACCUUGAGUAAAUCCGAAUACAUGGUGAUUGAAGAAGGCGUGAGCCCUGGACCAUUCAAGCAGCCAAGCUUCAAAACCGGGAACUGCACCACCAAUAACCCCAAUUGUGUUAGCGUCAAGAAAAUCUUCACGGACGUGUAAUGCUCUUCCAGGCAUUGGAUGUGUAACACAAUAAUUAGGAAUGUCACCACCAUCGACAUCAGCGUGUCCCACUUAAUUAAUCUUUAUUUUCUAGGAGGAAAUCGCACUCGCAUCGUAUGAUAGACAAGUGGUGCUAGUAGGCAACGCUACAGAGGCAGCUGUAAGAAGAGGCUGCACAUCUCUUUCUAUUCAUUUGAUUUGCAAACAA